AGAAUAACAUUGAGUUGAAGCCACAACAUCCCAAGCAUUCAAUCAAAAGAAAAAGCAAAGGCGAAUUUCUAUUUUCUUCGUUAAAACAAUGAGUUUCGGGUCCUCAGUAACCAAAAGACUGGAUGGCAAGGUGGCACUGAUAACUGGUGGUGCCAGUGGCUUAGGAGAGUGUACAGUCAGACUAUUUGUCAAACAUGGAGCCAAGGUUCUGAUUGCUGAUAUUCAAGACGAAUUGGGCAACUCCCUUUGUCAAGAGCUUGGAACGGAAAACAUCAGCUAUGUCCACUGCGAUGUAACAUGCGAAUCCGAUGUUGAAAAUGCUGUAAACUUGGUUGUCUCCAAGUACGGAAAGCUAGAUAUCAUGUUCAACAAUGCAGGCAUUACUGGUGACAAUGAAGUAAGAGUGACAGACGCCGGCGCUGAGGACUUCAAGAGAGUGUUCGAUGUCAAUGUAUUGGGUGGUUUCUUGGGUGCCAAGUAUGCUGCCAGGGCCAUGGUCCCGGCUAAGAAAGGCUGCAUACUCUUCACAUCAAGUAUUGUUUCAAAAAUCAGUGUGGGUCUCCCCCAUGCAUACAAGGCAUCAAAGCAUGCCGUCGCAGGGCUGACGAAGAGCUUGAGCGUGGAGUUAGGUGAGCAUGGAAUUAGAGUUAACUGCAUUUCGCCUAACGCAAUUUUGACCCCAUUGUUCCAAAAAUCAAUUGGGAAUAUUGAUAAGAAGAAGGGAGAGGAGAUGCUUGCGGUUUCAGCAGUGUUGAAAGGCCCCGUACUGGAGGCUGAAGAUUUUGCCAAUGCGGCACUGUAUUUGGCAAGUGAUGACGCUAAAUUUAUUAGUGGUGUUAACUUACCAGUCGACGGAGGGUAUAGUCUUAGCAAUCAGUCAUGGAAAAUGGGAUUCGCAGCACUUUUGGAAUAAAUCAAGAAGUCCUCAACUUUACUCUUUCAACAUGUUUUCUUAAAUAAGGAAAGUAAAUCCAAAAAUUAAACUUGUAAUAAAUUGUAUCAUUGAAUUUGAUCAAUCCUACUUGUUAUGUUGUUCAAAUGAGCAAA